CGUCACCGGAAGGAAUCACCCGAAAGAAUGCUCAGGCGGCCAAUCAGGAUCGCGCUUGGAAAGAUGGCGGCUUUCGGGGACCGCCAGCUCUCCGCGAAGGAUGGGAGCGGCGACGUGGACUCGGACCUCCUGUUGCACCCGGAGCUGCUCUCGCAGGAGUUCUUACUACUAACGCUGGAGCAGAAGAAUAUUCCAGUAGAAGAUGAGGUGAAAAUCAGUAAAGAUUGCCUUACUGACUUGUAUAUUCAACAUGUCAUACCAUUGCCUCAGCGUGAUUUGCCCAAAACCAGAUGGGGAAAACUAAUAGAAAAGCAAAGAGGUCAGCAAGUGUUGAAACAUGGCACCCAAAGCAUUAUGGCAAUGGAAAGUCUAAGAAAAAGGCCUCUCAUUGUGUUCGAUGGUAGCUCAACAAGUACAAGUAUUAAAGUGAGGAAGACUGAGAAUGGAGCUGCUGAUGGUUUAAAAUUUCUAACAUCUGGAAGUACCAAUAUCACAUGUAAAAGACUGCCUGUUCCUUCAAAUUCCACACUGUGCAUAUCUGCUCCCACUUUCUCAUUGGAUGUUAAGAGGGAAUCUAGGAAUAAUGAGGGUAAACAGAACAAUAUUGUAGUUAAUAUGUCACCUGAUCAAAAGCCAUCAGACUUAGAGCCUCUUACAGGAAAUGCUGUUGUGAAAUUAAAGAGAGCCGCUCCAAAAGAAGAAUUGGAUUCAUCAAAGCCUCCUGAAUCAAAAAAGAAGAUCCAGCAUGUAACAUGGCCAUGAACCUACAAGAGUUAGAAAUGCAAAUGAUGCUUAGUCUUCAUUUCAGUACAGAAGAAUUGUACUAACCAGAGAUGCAGAUUGCAGUGGAUAGUUGCUUAGAACUUCACAGUAUAAAAAAGCACCAUAUGUUCACCAUCAACCUGAGAGUAUUUAUCUUGCACUUUGAAUUUACUCCCCAUUUUAGAAGUUAAUUUUGGUAGAACAAAAUUGUUUUACCAGCCUUUCUUCUGCAUUCUUCAUUGUAGUCUAUACAUCAGGUCUUUGCAUGAUUUGAUGUAGAAAGUUUCUAACUAUUCUGUUCAUUGUACAUUUUUAGUAGUAUAUUUUUUUAAACAUAUACCAUAUAUUUAAAUAGUAUGGAAGACUGUUUCCCCCUUCUGCUGAUUUUACUAAGAUAUUUGCACAGAAUAGUUCUGUUGAAAGGCCUAGAAAAACUAUUUCUCAUUUUUAGGUGCCAAUAUUAUUUUUUGAGAAACUAUUUGGGUCCUUUCCAGUUUUCUUUAAGUGACAUUCAGUACACUGGUUUUGCUUCAAAUUGAAGUUUUUGCUAAAAUGGAAGAUUAAACGGAUUUCUCUUGUCUUUAGAGAUACAUAGAAGGCCCCCACCCUCAAGAUUGUGUGUUGAAAAAAAAAACCUCUGCGAAGCAGAACUGCAUUUUUAUACAGUAUGUGAUCAGUGUUUUAUACUAGCAUUUUUAAGGAAAGCUUAUUUAACUACAAAAUGCCUGACAAAAUUGAGAAGGAAAGUAAUGCUUGCUCCAUUUAUUUAUGCAGCUAGAAAAGAGAUAAACUCAGUGGAAGUUUGCAGGGAUGAAAUUUGUGUCUGUGAAUAAAUUCUUUGAAACUUACUGUAUUUUUUUUCUUAUAUGGUAAAAAACAUCCCGGGAUUUAAAAAUA